GCUGGAAAAGCCCUCGUGUUCAAUUUGGAUGUCAUUAAAUCAUUACGCUCCCUUGGUAUAGGCGGUGUUUUAUCAGGUACUUUACCAACUGCUCCUCAGCAAAACAUCUUUUUAGGUAUACCUUUGCAAUUGAUGGUAGAAGAAGUGAUAUGGUUGGUCACUAAAGGGUAUGCUUAUUUGAUUCCUGACGAGAAACUCAUAAAAGAAUUGGUUGAUGAUUUGGAUGAAGAGGAUAUUAAAAGUAUUCAAUAUGAACGAGCUAUUGGAUUUCAAUCACAAAAAGAACAAAAAUUAAACCAAUUAAAUGAUAAACUAAACUCCUUAAAGAAAAAGGUUCAGAAAACUCCACCUAGUGAUGCUUUGAUAACUCAGAGUUUGUUUGUAAACAUUUAUGAUGAUUCAAACUCAUUGCCAAAUAACACAUUGUUAAAGUCAAUCUAUGCAAAAGACAUCAAACUUCAAAAGAGGUUAUUGGAAUCAUUGAAUUAUGAUCGUCUCAACUAUCUGAUUUUCGAUUAUUUGAAAUCUAAGGAAUAUUUUCUAGCUCCAGGUUUGAGAUUUGGUGGUAAAUUUAUCGGUUAUCCAGGUGAUCCGCUUAGGUACCAUGCUCAUUUGAUAAUCAACGCUGUUGGUUGGGAUCAAGAUAUCGGUUUAAUGAAUAUUGUUAAUGGAGGAAGAUUAGCCACCGGUGUCAAAAAAGUCUGGCUGAUUGGAAGUGAAAAUAAUGAUAUGGAUAUUGACAAAGACGAUGGGGAAGUUGUAUGUUUCUCUGUUGAAUGGGCAGGGUUUGGUUGA